AAAUCCAUUUUUGUUACUACAGGAGCCACUGUUACUUUUAAGGAGCUUAUUGAGUUGACCUUAGACAAGAAAUUUAUAUCAAUUAUUCAAGGUUUGGGAUAUCAAAAAAUCGUUAUCCAAUAUGGUUCACAACAAGAUGGUGUAACAUUAUUCACACAAGGGUUGAAGUCACUUGAUUCCAAAUUCAUAUCUCAUGAUUUAGAUUCUAAUAAUGGAGUGAUAGUGGCUGAACUAUCAUCUGGUUUCAAGAUUGAAGGAUUUGCCUUUACAACUGAUAUAAAAACAAUAAUGUUAAACUCUGAUUUGAUAAUUUCCCACGCUGGUACUGGAUCCAUUCUAGAUUCUUUAAGAUUACAAAAACCUUUAAUAGUGGUGGUAAAUACUAAAUUGAUGAAUAAUCAUCAAAUUGAAAUUACAGAUGAGUUGAUAAAAGGAAAUUAUUUAUUAGGAUGCGCUGCAAAGUUGGAUGAAUUAAUCUCGAAUGUGAAAUUAAUCAACCAAGUCAAGCUAAAUGCACUUCCU